AUGGCAAAUUAUCAAGAAAUCAUGCCUAUGAGUCAAAGGGGUGUAGUAGGGUGUGGUGUGCAACGUGGUCUCUACCAAGGCGAGGGUUGUGGGCAAGGGCAGGACCGAGGUACAAGUGGACCAGGUCAGAAUCAGAAUGAAGGUCAGAAAUCGAGAAAGAAAGAUCGUUCUAAGAUCUUAUGUUUCAGAUGUAAUAAAUACGGUUACUUUGCUUCUGGAUGCCUAAAACAAAAACAGAAGCAGGAAGCAUCUUAUCUGAACGAGACGAAGGAGGAUGAUCUGGCUUUAUUCACACACGAGAUGGUAUUUCUAAAUGAAGAAAAUCUUAUCCCAAAGAGGUACGAAAACGAAUCUAAUUGUAAUGUUUGGUACCUUGACAACAGGGAAAGUAAUCAUAUUAACGAGAACAAAAGUUUUUUCUCGGAAUUGAAUGAACGGAUUACUGGUAGAGUAAGGUUUGCUGAUGGUUUAUGUGCGGGAAUUAGUGGUGACGGUUCUAUACUGCUCGAAGGAAAAACCAGUGAGCAACAUCUUACGACGGACAUUUAUUUUAUACCGGACCUUCGUAGCAAUAUUAUUAGUUUGGGUCAAGUAACCGAGCAUGGAUAUGAUAUCCACAUGAAGGGUGAAUACUUGACUAUGCGUGAUAGAACCGGGACGCUACUUAUGAAAGUACCAAGAAUGAAGAAGCGUCUAUACAAAAUUAUAUUGAAAAUAGGAAAUCCCGCUUGUUUAUAUGCUAAGCUAGAGGAUGAUGCUUGGUUGUGA